UUGGGGGCGCUUCGGUAUGGGGGAACUGACUUCGACACAACAGCCUGGACUGGCUGUUUUUCCAGUAGAAGAACAAGUCCACCACCUAGCAGUAGCUUAGUUAUUUACAUUUAAAGGCUACUGUAUAGUCUAUAGUUGGUAAAUGCAUGUGUUGUAAUCGAGGGGUGACAAGUUAUUCUGUCUAUUUAGAAAAACGUCUUUCCCACUUUGAAAUUAAACAGGAAGUACCGAAGUUUUCCACCAGCACUUAAACGCAGCAUGAAUUUGUGGCUCUGUGUGGAGUUGGAGACCGUGAAAAGAGUCUCAAAACCCCACACGCAAAUUUAACCUGAUCCAUUCGUAUCGUCCAAGCACACAUUUAACAAUCUGUCAAUAAAUACAAAGAAUGUCACAAAUAUUUCAGAAUCAGAAAUACUUUAUUGAUCCCCGAGGGGAAACUCUUUCAAAGUAAAUUUAAAAUAAUAUCUCUACGUAAAAUAUUCAUAUUUAUUCAGGUUGUGAUUUGUGCAUUUUAGCUGUUUUACAUGUGUUCAAAUUGCUUGGUACUUGUGUGUGGAUUGGAACCAUAGACUGGAACACGCAUUUGAGUACCCAAAAUGACUUGAAAAUAGUUGUACACAUUUGUGACCAUUUUUGGUUUAAUUUCUCUCCAUAUAAAGAGACCGUUCAUUCCUUAGAAAGUCGCUCUAGAACCGUCUGUCUCGCACUCCGCCAUUUGACACUGAUAAGACGCAAUGCAUUUUGGGGUGGUUGGGUGCAGUAAACUUACGCCGCAUACUCAAAAAAUCUUGCAAAUCUAGUAUACGUCUAGGCAUUUCUACUCGCGUACAUACAAUCCUCAACGCACUACAUACUCAAUUUGACUUCAUACUUACAGCGCUAUGUAGUGUGCGAUUCCGAACAUAUCGAAUACGACAGCGGUUAUAUGACCCUCGUCGUGUUUGUCCCUGAAGCGACUCACUCCUGCCAGCUGAUCAGCGCAGCGCUCGAUGUUUCGGAUGGCUCGGAAGUAGAAACUGACGGGCUGACUUCGCUUUAUGAGUUGAUGUAGCUUAGCUGGUUAACAGCGUCACCAAACCAGAGACAGAAAACACAACUCGUAAAUAUGCUUUGGUUUGAAGGCUCAAUUCCUGAUGCCAUUAACUCGGCUAAACAGCGGAGUUUCGUCUUUGUCGUUGUCAUUACAGGGGAAGAUGAACAGUCAGCACAGCUGAUGUCCAGCUGGGAGGAAGACAAAGUCUCAGAGGCAGCACAGAACUGUUGUGUGGCCAUUAAAGUAGAUGCCAAGAGUGAGACAUGUGUGCAGUUCUCCCAGAUCUAUCCAGUGGUGUGCAUACCCUCUAGUUUCUUUAUUGGCGAGAAUGGGAUUCCUCUGGAGGUCAUCGCUGGCAGUGUGUCUGCUGAAGAACUGAUGAAAAGAAUCAACAGGGUUAAGCAGAUGCAUACUCAGCAGAUUGGAGGUGAGACAGUGUUACCAGAGGCAAGCGCUUCUGUGGAGACCAGCCCACGUGACAGUACAGCUCCAGCCCCUGCUCCAGCCUCAGCUUUAGCCUCAGCUCCAGCCCCUGCUCCAGCCUCAGCUUUAGCCUCAGCUCCAGCAGUGUCUGUUAGGUCAGCAGCAGCAGCCACAGAGCCUGCAGUAGUACUAGGAACAGCGAAAGCUUCCCUCUCAAACACAGUAGAUGAUGGCAGCCUUUCAGCCACAGUGACGCUUGCAGAGAAUGCAUCUUCAGAUCAUGCUACUCAGUGUUCUCAGAGUGAAGAAAACCUGGAUGCUAAGGUGGAAAGGUUAACCAAGAAACUGGAGGAGAGACGAGAGCAAAGGAAGAUGGGAGAAGAAGAAAAUGAGAUCAGGAAGGAAAUAGAGCGGCGGAAGGUGGGGAAGGACAUGCAGGACUUAAAGAGGAAACAGGAAGAGGAGAAGACCAAGCGACUCCUGGAGGAAAGGAACAGAGAGAAAGCAGAGGAGAAAGCUGCCAGGGAGCGGGUCAAACAGCAGAUUGCCUUGGACCGGGCUGACAGAGCAGCCCGCUAUGCCAAAACCCAGGAGGAGGAGAAAGCUGCUAAGCAGGCCCUACUGCAGGCCAGACAGGCAGAGCAGGAGGCCAGGAAGGAGACAUUAGUCAGGGAGAGGAGUACCAUAGCGAGGAUACAGUUCCGCCUCCCAGACGGCUCAUCCUUCACCAACCACUUCUCCUCCCAGAGCAGACUGCAGGAGGCUCGGGACUUUGCUGUUCAGGAAGUGGGAAACCGCUAUGGUAACUUCUCCCUGGCGACAAUGUUCCCUCGGCGGGAGUUUACCAGUGAAGACCUAAACAAGACUCUGCUGGAGCUGGAACUGGCUCCGAGUGCUUCCAUCGUGCUUCUGCCGCAGUCAGGCAGGCCUGCUAACACAGUGGCCCAGUCCUCUGGGGGUGGUAUCUGGACAGUUCUGGGCACACUCCUCUACCCUCUUCUGGCUGUAUGGAGAUUCCUCAGCGCCUUCUUGUUUGCAACCCCGCCCCCUCCUGGAGCAGCAUCCAGAGGCCCCGCCCACCAGUCCAACUCUUACACCAACUCAGCAUCAGCCUCUGACAAAGCAAAGAGAGAAACUCUCUCCAAGCACACUCGGGAGAAGCGGCCUAAGGACUUCAAGAAAGACGGCAAAAUCUGCAGGCUCAGGACUCAGGAGGACAGCGAGGACGACAACAACACCUGGAACGGAAACUCCACCCAGCAGAUGUAGCGCUCUCCUGGAGUGAUUAGUUCAGUCUGACCAGUUCAAGAAUGCUGCAUAUAGGGCUGAUCCUUUUGUUCUCUCUUUCUCUUACUGAGUUCCGGGCCUACGCCCCUGCACCUCGCCUGCAUGGGAAGAUCAAUAAUAAUCAACAGAACCUCCUUUGGGCUUAAGCUGAGUGUUUUUGUGUUGAUUAUAACAUGAUUCUGUCUCCUAACCCGGGCUCAGAUUACAGUAGCAGGUUAAAAAUCCUGACACACUGAAAGGCUGCACCGGCAUCCUCUUUUGUAUUUGUAGCUCAGUUGAUCAUCCUCAAAUCCAUCUGACAGGUUUAAAAAAGAACUGGGUGGCCCUAAUUGUGUCUGGCACCAAAUUCUAUGACAAGAGCAAAUGAGCAGUAAACAGUAGACCUGACCUGAAGAUGUAAUCUGAGCCUGGCUUUACAUUAUGUUAUGGAGUCACUGUGAUUGGGUGAUUGCCAGUGACUUAUCUGGAUUAUUACCUAACAGUGGAAUGAAGAUGUUUUUGUUUUAGAUGUAUAAAAUAUUUCAAACAGCUUGCAGCCGCUGGCACAGUACGAUACGUCUGUAGCUGUUUGAGUUCUACCAAGGUGGUGGCCCACACACACACACACACACACACACCUUGGCAGUAUGUGUUUCUACUAGUUGACAAUGGGUGACUACUGUAGUUCUCCUCAUCCAACAAUGAAAAUUAAAACAGCCUGUUUUUCAGAAAA